AUGUUUGGUAGCAGUACUGGUGGUGGUGGACCAUCAUCAUCAUCUGGUAAGAAGGAAAGUACCAACACUGAAUACGGCGCCAUCAUUUUCGGUGGUCAUGAAGAAGCGCCGCGGAGAAGAGAAGGAGAAUGGGAUAUCACACACGAGAAGGAGGGAGACGACGUAAACGACGACGAAGAGCUUCUCGCGAGCGGAAGAAGAAGAAGAGAAAACGAUUGGGUAAAGAAGAAGACGGUGUUUUUGGGUUUGUGUUUCGUCGCGGCCGCCGUUUUUGGAUGCGCUGCUGCUGCGAAUCAUUACUCGUCCGUGUCAGCGUCGUCGUCAUUUAUUAUUAAUAAUAAUAAUAGUGAUGAAUCUCUUGGUGCUUCUUCUUUCGUACCAAAACUGGGAAUGUCCAACUGGCGCAGAUGGAACGGAGAAACUGUGGGCGGAACACCUGGGAUCAACAUUCUCUUCGUAAAAACGAUUAAAACCGGGAGCACGACAAUAGCUGGUUUAUGUAGAAGAAUCGCGAACAGACACGGGUUGAACGGCGCGCGCACCGGAUACAACCAAAACGGAAGCACGGAGAUCGACGAUAAACAAGAGCCGUAUGUAUACGCAGACCAUAGGAUGUUCAAGCAAACCGAAGGAACUUUGAGUAAGUUGGACCAUCCAACGUUUUUACUCACGAGCAUACGAGAUCCCGUGAGCAGAUUUAUUUCCGAGUUUCAAUACGUCAUGGACGCGAAGGAAUCACACGAUAAAGAUUAUCGAGUGCCAGACGAGUUGCUGCCAAUGCCGGUGACGAAUGAGGAGUGGGAGUCGAGGUUGCUUACAUUUUUGAACAUGCAAACGUCGAUUGAUCACCAAUACGAUUACAUUGGGAGUCAAAAAGCGUGCGAUAACAAAUGGUCACCCGCCGGGGUUGUCAAUUUAUACGAUCACGUCGUCGUUUUGGAGAGGUUCGACGAGAGCAUGAUAGUUUUGAAGAACAUGUUAGGCUUAUCGAACUCGGAUUUACUGUAUUUACGAGCGAAGGAGAACGAUUAUACGUGGGGAGGCGGGGGGUUGUCAGCGGCCACGUUGGCGAAGGUGAAGAACGCGUUGAGCGCUUCGAGAGACUACGCUUUGAUCGAUCAGGCAAAUCAACGGUUAAACGGACACAUUUCCCAAAUCCCCGAUUUCAGCGAACAAAUGAGCGCAUAUAAAAACUUGUUAGCUGGUGCCACGGCGCAAUGCAGCCAGUACGCGCCCACGGGUAUUACAGUAGGUGACUUUAACCAGUGCUUGUACGAAGACCAAGCGUGCGGCGACGAGUGCCUCACCGCGUACGGGUCGUAG